AUGGGGAAUCCAAGGGGUUUGGGGCUGCAUCUCAUUUUCACAAGUAUAGUUUUUCUUGCAAACACGUAUACCUGUUUGGGUGUUCGAAAUAUCUCUGUUGUUUGCUCUCAGAGAGAGCGUCUUGCUCUUCUUAAGUUCAAACACAACAUCAAAGAUCCUUCUGGAAUGUUGUCAUCAUGGAUUGGCAGUGAUUGUUGCAGGUGGGAAGGAAUUCAGUGUGAUGGUGUCACUGGAGAUGUUGAAAGACUUCAUCUGAGAAGAGAUCGGGACUCUUAUUCUUACACUGUUGACAACUAUUUAGUUGGUAAUGAGGUGAGCUCUUCGUUGGCGGAGUUAAGGCAUCUAAAAUACUUAGACUUGAGUGGGAAUGAUUUUCAAGGAAGCCGGAUCCCUAAUUUCAUUGGUUCCUUAACGAAGCUGAGGUACCUUAAUCUCUCUUACGCUGGUUUUCAUGGUAUUAUUCCUCCUCACAUUGGAAAUCUCUCUAAUUUAAAGGUUCUUGAUCUCAGUUCAAAUAGACGGCUCAUGGCGGAUGAUAUGGCAUGGACUUUUGGCCUUUCAUCACUCGAGCAUCUCGACUUAAGUUUGGUGAAUCUUGCUGGAGCACAAAACUGGGACAUGGUGCUUUUCAUGAUUCCUCUGCUAAAAGAGAUAAGUUUGUCAAAAUGUGGACUUUCCAAUGUUGGUCUUGGUUCCACUGUUAAUUCAAGUAGAAUACAUCACAACAUCAAACACCUGGAUCUCGGCUUCAAUUCUUUCAGAGGUUCACUCCCUAGUUUUCUUCAAAACAUGACAUCCCUAACAUUCCUAGAUGUUUCAGGGUUUGAUCUUAGUUUUUCUCAGAACUUUCAACACUUGUUAGACAUGAUCCCUUCUUUAUCAGAGUUGCAUUUGUCAAUUUGUGGGCUCCAUAACAUGCACCUAUCUGCCCCUCAUCUUAAUUUCAGUACACUUUCUAACAUCCAACACCUGGAUCUUAGCAAAAAUUCAAUUGAAGGCAUAUUUCCAUCACUUUUUACAAAUAUGAGUUCCUUAAGAGUUCUUGACCUUUCAAAAAACAUGUUAAGUUCUUCAGUUCCUAUUAUGCCAAACCUUCUGGACCUUGAUCUUUCUUUUAACAAGUUUAAGCAGAUUGAGCAGGUUGGAAUCUGGAGGCAGUGUCACCUGAAACGAUUGAAAGCAUCAGGAAAUGAUUUUGAUAUAGAGAUGAUCGCCUCACCAAAAAAACAUAUCGGAAUGCUCCGGAUAUUCUUUGGAGAGGUUGGAUUUACGUGGGAGUUUAAAUGUGGAUUGACAGGUCCAAUCCCCGAAUCUCUAGGAAGAUUAAGAUUCUUAGAGGAGUUAUGUCUGUCCAAUAACGAUUUGAUGGGUCCCAUUCCUACAUUCCUUGGGAAACUUUCCAAACUUGACCUUUCUUUCAAUCAAUUGACUGGUUCAAUUCCAUACUCCUUUGGCCACUUAGCAACUUUAACAGAUUUGCAUCUACAAUUCAAUCGGUUAACUGGUCCCAUUCCAACAUUUCAUUGGAAACUUUCCAAACUCGAUCUUUCUUUUAACAGAUUGAAUGGUUCAGUUCCAGAGUCAUUUGGAAAAUUAACCGCUUUAACAGAUUUGUCUCUAGAAGUCAAUCAGUUAACCGGCCCUAUCCCAGCAUCUCUAGGAAGACUUGUUUCACUAAAAGCAAUUUCGUUGCAUUCAAAUUUGUUAAAUGGGACUAUUCCAAUUUCAUUUGGGCAACUUUCCAAACUCCAUUCUCUAAAUAUCUUUAAUAAUUCAUUAGAAGGAGUUGUUUCUGAAGCCCAUUUUGGUAAACUUGCGAUGUUGACUGAACUAGAUACUUCUUAUAACACUAAGUUGACAUUUAAUGUUUCACGUGAAUGGAUACCCCCGUUCCAAUUGGUAAUUCUUCAACUCAGUUCUUGCAAUAUUGCAAAUGGAUUCCCACAGUGGCUUAGAAAUCAAAGGAAACUUGAGGCGUUAAUCUUGUCGAAUGCUACAAUUUCGGGACCUCUGCCCACAUGGUUGCGGAAGCUGCCCGUCAUUAGUAUCUUAGACCUCUCUUACAACGAAAUUAAGGGUCCUUUGAGAAAUCUUCCUAAUGAAUAUGGAUCUAUGAGAAAAUUAUUCCUUCAAAGUAACCGUUUUAAUGAGUCGAUUCCAAGAUCAUUAUGCAGAAUGACAAGUUUGAUAUUUCUUGAUAUCUCCAGAAACAUGUUAACCGGGAAACUCCCCACGUGUCUUGAGAAUCUCCAAAACUUGCUUGCCAUGAGAUUUAGCUCAAAUCGGUUGUCUGGUGUCAUCCCAGGUUCUAUAGCACUUAAUUCUUCAUCAUUAAUCCGAUUAAGUUUGAAUGACAAUAACUUUAGUGGUGAACUUCCCCAAGAGUUGGGGAAUUUAAGAUAUUUAAGUGUCUUAGAUUUGGGUGAUAACAAGUUCUCCGGAAGUAUACCUGAAUGGAUUGGAGAAAAACUUAAAUCUUUGGUAGUUUUGAGGUUACACAAAAACAACUUCUCCGGAAGAAUUCCUCCAUCUUUAUGCAAAGAUUCAAAUCUUCAAGUUCUUGAUGUUGCAUGUAACAACUUAACGGGAGCUAUCCCUCCUUGUCUAGGCGAGCUGAAUGCGAUGUUUAAUAGUAGUCGGGUACAUUCGCCUCUUUGGCAAUACGGUUACAAUGAGAAUGUGAUCGAGGUCAUAAAAGGUCUUGAACUUGAAUAUGGUACAAUUCUGGGUAUACUUUUUAGCAUAGACCUUUCAAGCAAUAAACUUGUUGGAGAAAUACCAAUCGAGCUAACUGCACUUUCGAUGUUGGUGGGUCUUAAUCUGUCUAAUAAUCAUCUCAGUGGGGGUAUUCCCGACAACAUUGGAAACAUGUCGAAGUUAGAAUCUCUCGAUUUCUCAAAAAAUAUAUUAACAGGGAGGAUACCUCCAAGCAUGGCAGCUCUGACUUUUUUGAGCCGUUUGAAUUUUUCAUACAACAACUUGUCUGGACAAAUUCCAACAGGUCGUCAAUUGCAGACACUUACUGAUCCAUCAAUAUAUGCUGGGAACAAAGAUCUGUGUGGAUCUCCAUUGCCAAAGAAUUGCUUAAAUCAUGAAGACCCAACAACAACGCCCGACAAAAAAUACAAAGCAGACGACGAGCCCACGAAGAUAUGGCUGUUUUAUUUGGACAUAAUCGGUGGUUUUGCAACAGGGUUUUGGGGUGUUAUAGGAGUUUUGUUAUUCAAGAAACAUUGGAGACAUAAACUUUUCAUGUUUGCUGAGGAAACCGUGGACAAGAUAUAUGUUGCAGUCAUGGUAAGAGUUGCCAAAAUGAAGAGACAAAGAGAAGACGCAUAG